ACAAAAACAAAGCUAAAUCUUUCAUGCUAAUGCRAGUGUUUACCAAGUAACAUCAUCUGCCUUCGCUCAGAGAGGGUUUAAAGMUACAACCUAUGACCGUAUAUGGGUAUAGACUAUGAGAAACGUCAUUUGCAUAAGCAUCUAGUUGAGUAAUGAAAAAUUUAUAAGCAAAGACAAGGAUAUCAAAUGUGAACCCGCUCAAUUCGGAAGAAGAAAAACAUUGAAUUGUUCGUCUUUUGCCGUUUAUUCUCGAUUCAUUUGAGGAGCGUACWCCGUUAAAGAAUAUCUUAACGAUACAAGCUGUAAAGAAGGCGACUGUAAGUAAGAAUUUCGUCAAAAACGCGAUUCAACAUGGGAGAACAGCAACCAGAUCCAUAUUUUGAAGUCAUCAUGGAUGAAGACUUGGCCAACAACGAAUGGCCGCGAGGUCUCGACGAAGUCAAAGCCAAAGGUACUCAAUGUAUUGCUUUCUACCGUCAUACCACAAUGACCCCUGAACAGCAGCAACAACUGAUUGAUGACCACUUCUUGUUCCGAGGUAAAGACAAGAUGCAGGCAGCAUCAGGCUACCACGAGCACUGGCCCCAUGGGCGUGGCAUCUUUGUGUCUCACAACAAAGAGUUCCUUCUUUGGAUCAACGAAGGGGACCAUCUGAGAAUUAUCUCCAUGGAGAAGGGAGGUGACGUCAAACGCGUCUUUGAUCGCUUGUCACGUGGUAUUGCCGCUAUUGAGGAAGGACUGAAGAAGGAGCUUGGAGUUGAAGAAGUCUUCAUGCGCAAUUCAAGUCAUGGCUGCAUUACGUGCUGUCCGACCAACCUAGGGACGGGUAUGAGAGGUUCUGUUCAUAUACUGGUUCCUAAACUCAUCAAGUCCAUGGGUUUUAAAGCCAUCGACGAGUUUGCAAGAGAACGAGGCUGUCAGGCGAGAGGAUCGACCGGAGAGCAUUCAGAGGUGAUUGACAGGAUUGACAUCUCAAACUGGCGACGAUUGGGGUUCAAAGAAUGUGAUCUUGUCCAAGACAUGAUCAAGUGUGCCAACGAGCUGUCAAAAAUGGAGGAUGAGGCUACUGACCAGACUGCAGCUGAGGAUCCCAAAGACGAAUCAACUGCUGACACUUCACCAGAACCUGUGCCUAAUACAACCGAUAAACCGAAGGAAGAACCCGAACCUGCUCAGAUAGCAACUGACCAAUCAAAGCAAGAUGAACCAGCAGCUUCCAAUGAACCCGAACCAGCUGAAAAUGCAUCCACUGACCAACCAAAGCAAGACGAGUCAGCGGCCACCCCAGAAAAACCUGAUCCUGCAUCGAGUGCAGCUGACAAGCCGAAUGAAGAAGGAGCUACCACAGCAGGUACACCCGAGGCGACUCCGAGUUCUAACGAGAAGAAGGAGGAUGCACCAGCUUCGUCUAGCGCAGGUGAUGGUGGCCAGGAAGGUGGCAAAGAGGCUGGUAAUGGUGUCAAGACGAAGUCAUGCAUAUUAAUUUGAACAGUGAUGAACAGUUGAURACAAUUUGUUAAAUGGUAUGUCAAUUUUGAUGGGUUCUAGAUUAGAACUGAUGACAAGAUUUUUGUUAUAGUAUCAGAUUAUAUUUUCUAUAUAAUUAUACGAUAUAAGCUCCAUGUAUUGAUCACAGAGAAAUAGCCAGUAUGGAUACUUUCAUAGUUAUAAUUUGUCUUGAAUUGUAAUGACGGAUUCAUUCUCAAUUAUUGCAAAAUGAACUACAAAUAUCGGUAUUAAGAAUUUAAUCAAUAAAAUUCACUGAUAAUUUGAA